AUGGGCUCGGUCACAACCGGCAAGGCCGAUAGGGCCUGGUGGAAGGAUGCCGUCAUCUAUCAGAUCUACCCGGCCAGCUUCAAGGACGCCAACGGAGACGGACUGGGAGACGUCCCGGGAAUCAUCAGCAAGGUUGACUAUCUGAAGGACCUAGGUGUCGAUGUGGUGUGGGUAUCGCCCAUGUACGCCAGUCCGCAGGUCGAUAUGGGCUACGAUAUCUCCGAUUACCAAGACGUCCACCGACCAUAUGGCACUGUUCGCGACAUGGAGGUCUUGAUCGAGGAGUGCCAUAAGAGGGGGAUGAAGCUGAUUCUGGAUCUGGUGGUCAACCAUACUUCUGACGAGCAUGCGUGGUUCAAAGAGUCCCGGUCGUCGAAAGAUAAUCCCAAGCGGGACUGGUAUAUCUGGCGACCUCCUCGCUAUGCCGAGGAUGGCACGCGGCUGCCCCCAACUAAUUGGCGAAGCCACUUCAGCGGCAGCACCUGGGAGUGGGAUGAGGGAACGGGCGAGUACUACCUCCAUCUCUUCGCCAAAGAGCAGCCCGACCUGAACUGGGAGAAUCCCGAGACCCGCGAAGCCAUCUAUGAAAACGCCAUGCGCUUCUGGCUGGACAAAGGCGUCGACGGCUUCCGCAUCGACACGGUCAACAUGUACAGCAAGGGUGUCGAGUACAGAGACGCCCCCAUCAUCAACAAGAACGCCUUUGAGCAGCCGGCCUUCAUGAUCUACUGCAACGGCCCCAGGAUACACGAGUUCCUGCGCGAGAUGAACAACAAGGUGCUCAACCACUACGACACCGUCACCGUCGGCGAGCUCCCGCACACCCCGGACCCGCAGCACGUCCUCAGAUACGUCAGCGCCGGCGACAGGCAGCUCGACAUGGUCUUCCAGUUCGACAUUGUCGACGUCGGCCAGGGCAAGAGCUACAAGUACCAGGGCGUCGACUGGAAGCUGCCGGAGAUGAAGAACAUCGUCGCCAAGUGGCAGCAGUUCAUCGAGGGCACCGACGGUUGGACGACGGCCUUCUGCGAGAACCAUGACCAGGGCCGCUCCGUGUCGCGGUUCGCGAGCGACGCGCCCGAGUGGAGGGAGCUGUCGGCCAAGAUGCUGGCGCUGAUGAUGUGCUCGAUGACGGGCACCCUGUUCGUGUAUCAGGGGCAGGAGAUCGGCAUGAUCAACGUGCCGCGCGACUGGCCGAUUGAGGACUACAAGGACAUUGAGAGCCAGAACUACUACAACGACAUCAAGCGGGAGCACGGCGAGGGCAGCAAGUUCUUGGAGUAUGUCAUGGACAGCAUCAAUAAGAUGGGCCGCGACAAUGCGCGCAUCCCGAUGCAGUGGGACGACUCGCCGUACGCGGGCUUCACGGACAACACGGAUGGCGCGUGGAUGCGGGUCCACGAGCUGUACCCCGAGAUCAACGUCGCGAAGCAGGAGAAGGAGCCCGGCUCCGUGCUGAACUUCUGGAGGGCGAUGUUGAAGCUACGCAAGGAGGAGGGAGACCUGCUUACACAUGGUGCGUUUGAGUUGUUUGAUGAGGAGAACGAAAAGACUUUCGUGUAUAAGAAGACAAGAGAUGGAAGGGCUGCUGUCGUGGCGUUGAACUUUACCAGCGAAGAGCAAGAGGUCAAGAUCCCUGGAGAGGAUUUGAAGAUCAGAGUCGGAAACUAUGACGAUGUAAAAGAUAGAGUUGCUGCCGAAGGAGACAAGAGGGUGUUGAGGCCAUGGGAGGCAAGGUUGUAUUUGCAGGGUUGA